AUAAAACAUAUUGUGUCAAAUAUGUAUACCCUAUAAUAUGCCAUUCCAUAUUUAUGACCAAAAUUAAAAUCUAAGAAAAUUAGAUGAAACAUAUGGGUCGAGGUCAAGGGGUAAAAACUGUAACAUGCUCAUAAACAUCAUCGUACAAGAUACAUGUAGUACAUGUCUAAUAUGAAAGUCCUAUCUCUAUCAAAAGUUAUAAGGAAAGAUAACAUUUUUGAAAGGUGGGUAAAACCUCGAGGUCACGUGGUAAAAAAUUUUUUUUAGUGUAUUUACAAAGUUCUUGUCACAAGUAAUAUACAUGUAUAAUCUGAAAGCCCUAUCUGUUAUCCUUCAAAUUUAUGUCCAAGGUUAAAGUUUCUUAAUUAAAAGCUGACUAACCUUCAAGGCCAAUAUGUUAGGGGGUCAAAAUUCAUGGUAAACAUGUAUUUAGAAAGUCUUCUGACAGGUAAUACACAUGCAAUAUGAAAUCAUGAAAUAUUACUUUUGGGAUGUUUUCUAUUCUCUUUAGAGAAGUGGUCCGAGAACCCAUCCAGGCUCUUCUGUUCUUUUCUUUUUGUUACCCGUUUAUGAUAAUUUAUUAAUUAAUUUACAUUAAUUUACUUUAAUUUUUUUUUUCGAGCCUCUCCCUUCCCUUUUGAUUAAUGUUUUUCAUGUCCAUGUUUUCAAAAAAUAAAUUGCCGUGUUUUCAUAUCGGGAUCGACCUUUCAAAAAUUGUGUACUUUCAUUUCGAGUUUUCUCAGGUUUUGAUGGUAAACACAUGGCUAGCAGAUUCAGACCGACUUAUGGCCAAAAUAUUGUUAACAAUCAUCGUAAUCAGUCUUGAUGCUGUGUGACAAAGACUCCAUUGAAUCUAUUCAGCAGUACAUCAUCAAGCUGACUGAAUUUCUCUCUCUGUAUACUUUGAUUGUUGACGCCUAUGUAUCGGAUUACUUCACCCAGCACCAUUGGGAUACCCUCCCCUCAGUGUGGAAAGAGUCUCUGCGUAACACAGAACCUACAGAACUGGUGUGGCUUUUGACAGAGGAAAGUCAGGUAUCCAGGGUGUGGCCUCUCUCACUUCUUGCCUUCAGACAGUGCACACGUACUUACUCACUACAAAGGUCACAACAAGAGGUCAAAGUACAGGACUUGUCAAAACUUUCCUCACAAAGAUGUGUACAGGAUCUGAAAACCAGCUCAGUUUGUCAACGACUUGCAAAUCCAGACACAAAAUACCAUGAGUAUCUCAGGAAGCAUGUUAAACCAAAGAAACUUCACGAAAUCAAAAAUCUUGGAAAGGCUUUAAGGUUUCUUGGAGAUGCAUGUGACUGUGAGCAUAUUGUGGAUGUGGGAGCAGGUCAAGGUCAUUUGUCUAGGUUUAUGACCUUCCAACAUGGGUUCAAGGUCACAACGGUAGAGGCUGAAGGAUGCCAUGCCCCCAAAGCACAGAAAUAUGACAGAGAUGCUCACAGACAGAUCUCAAAGGGUAAAGGUCACACUGAGACUGAAAGUGAGGCUGAGCUCCCAUGUCAUGUGACCUGUUACAUCACAGCAGACACAGCCCAGGGGAAGUUUCUAGACAUUAUACAGGAGUCAUUCAACAGGUCUAAUGUUGACAGCCAUUGUAAAGCAGAAGGUGACUUGGGACUUACAAGAGAGACUACACAACAAGUACUUACUAGUGGUUCAAAGAUAGACAUGAUGCAAUCUGCUUCAUUAGAGGAUCAAAAAAAUUUAAAAAGUUGUAAUACAGAAUCUAACAAAAGGCUAAAGUUGACAAGCACUGAUAUUAAAUGUGAUGAUGAAGAGAAAGAUUUGACUUCUCCUGAAAGUGUUCAGAGUAAAAGAAAUUCUUGUGGGCACAUUCCAAGCAGCAGUCAGUUGAGUUUUUCAAACAAUUUCUGUGAUAAAUGUAAAAAAUACUUAGGUAUAGAGGAGAUUAGCACAUGUGUUUGUGGCAUAAAGACAAACUACCCUAUGAUUGGAGAACAGACUUCAUUGAUGAGUGGAGAUGAUGUUUAUAAAUCUGAUAAAUGUGCUGCAGCUCCAGGCAGACCAGGAUCAGAUGAUCGGAACUAUGAGACUGAGGAAGGCUAUUCUUUAAACAGAGGACUUCAGGGAAAAAGCACUCAAGUUAGACAGCAGUUCCUCCUGACUGGACUCCAUGCCUGUGGAAAUCUAACUCCCACAAUGCUAAGAGUGUUCACUUCUUGUCCAGACAUAGUGGGACUGGCAUCUGUCGGCUGCUGUUAUAUGAAAAUGUCUACCUCACUGAGCAGUAAAUCAGACCCUGUGGGGUACCCCAUGAGUGAUUUUGUUACCAGGUUACCACACACGGCUCUUAGUUAUGAAGCCAGAGAGAUGGCCUGUCAUUUUGCAGAUUCCUACAUCGAAAGAUUGAAAGCUAACCCACCCUCUCUGAAGCUACACUGUUACAGAGCUGCCCUACAGUGGAUAAUUCUCUAUUUAAAACCUGAUUUUGUAACCGGGGCACAGAAAUUGACCAUUAGAAAAGCUGAAAAACUAACAUUCAGGCAAUAUGUAAGUCUUGGACUACAGAGGCUAGGUUUGAACUAUGAGGUGCCAGAGGAAAUUCUGGUGGGAGCCACAGAGCUCCUACAGGAGUGGAGACAAGUGGUGACCUUCUACAGCCUCCGUCUGAGUCUGAGUCCAGUGGUGGAGACUCUGCUGUUACUGGACAGACAGGUGUACUUAUAUGAACAAGGUAUGUCAUCUCUACUGUUACCAGUUUUUGAUCCAAAGAUUUCGCCAAGAAACUUUGUUUUGUUAGCAAAGAAGUGACAUUGCAUAUAGAAAUGACUUAUCUUCUAUAAAAAAGCUUAUAGCUUAGUGGCAUUUUGAUUUUUUUUUAUUAAUGGAACUCAUAAUAUCAAGUUCCAGAUUUUUUUUAAUAAAUCAGUGUCACUGAAAAUUAGAUAUAAUUGUGAUUUUUUAAGCAUGUUUAUAAAAAAAAUUUUUACUGUGUUUUAAUUUAUUAUGAAACAGAGCAUUAUUGUUUGUGAGACAUAAUUCAAAAUGAAAUGCAUUAUAUAAAUAUUUUCCCUAAAUAAACUUAUGAAAGAGCA